AUGAAUUCUGGUGAUCUCAACAAAGUAUGGGAAAUCAAAGCGCUGAAGAGAAAACCUAGGAAAGAAGAGGCCCAGAAGAUUCUGGAAAAAGUCGCGAAACAGGUUCAGCCCAUCAUGCGCAAGCACAAUUGGAGGGUCAGAUUACUCUCCGAGAUGUGUCCCAAGAAUCCUAACCUGCUCGGCUUGAACGUUGGACAUGGUAUACAUGUUAAAUUGAGGCUUAGGAGGGCAAAGAGUGAUUUGGAUUUUCUUCCUUUUCAUGAAGUCCUGGAUACAAUGCUUCAUGAGCUAUGUCACAAUGCUCAUAGUGCUCACAAUGCCAGUUUCUACAAGCUUUGGGACGAACUUCGAAAGGAAUGUGAAGACCUCAUAUACAAAGGCAUAAGUGGCGAAGGACGUGGAUUUGAUCUUCCCGGACGACGUUUAGGUGGAACCUCGCGUAAACCUCUCUCUUCCCUUCGCCAGUCUGUGCUGACUGCUGCCCAAAAUCGGGCCCGUCUCGCGUCCUUGAUGCCCUCAGGGCCCAAAAAAAUCGGUGGUGAUAGAACCAUCAUGAAGACACUUAAUCCUGCCCAAGCUGCUGUAAUGGGAGCUGAGAAAAGAAUGCGGGAUAACAUCUGGUGUGGUUCAGAAUUUGGUAAUGUAUUAGGGGAAGAUGAUAUGGACAAGGAACGCUGUUACGAAAUAUCAGGCAAGGAAUUUGAUGAACAUAUUAAAGUAAAAUCUCGAAAGAGGAACCGGGACUCGGAUAAUGGUGUUAACUUUAUAGAUUUGGACAAGGAAUGCUGUUGCGAAAUAUCAGGCAAGGAAUUUGAUGAACAUAAUAAAGUAAAAUCUCGAAAGAGGAACCAGGACUCGGAUAAUGGUGUUAACUUUAUAGAUUUGACUGAAGUUGCUGAUGAAUUUGACUCCAUGUCUAAUAGCAAGAACUGUAAAAAGGGGUUGUCAGGGGAAGCUUCGGCCUUGUCAUCUAUGUCUGGCCAUGACCGAGCUAAUGACAAAUGUGGUAUUUGGCAGUGCUUGGUUUGCACUUUGUUCAACGCCCCGUUAGCUCCGCUAUGUGAGGCAUGCACAGCAGAAAGACCCAAAGACUAUCUGAAAAAAUCGAUCUGGUCAUGUCGAUUUUGUACCUUAGAGAAUGAUGUGAAGAUGGAUAAAUGCAGCGUAUGUGGAACUUGGAGAUACUCUUACGGUCCGCCAAUAGCUACUGGGGCACCCAAUCGUGGCACUUGA